GAACUGUUUCUCCGGCUCACCCAUCACACUAGCCACAGUCUUCGUCGCGCUUCAGUCGGCGUCUAACAGCCGGUGCGGGCGGACGUGUGUGUCUCUCUUCCCACCCAUGUAACAAGUUUUUUCACAUGUGACACAUCCUUACAUGUGUGAGCCACAAAAUGGACGAAACACGCUUGCUACUCACCGAACUACCGCCGCGCCUUCACAGACCGCAUCUGCAUCGACCACAAUUGGACCUAACCUCGACACAAACACAUGUGUCAUGUUUGUACCCCGAGAUUUUAGCUUUGAUUUUUGGGAUGUUGGAUGUUCGCGAUAAAGGACGCGCGGCCCAAGUGUGUACGGCUUGGAGGGACGCCAGCUACCAUAAAUCAGUGUGGCGGGGAGUUGUGUCCAAACUACAUCUACGACGUUCGAACCCUUCCUUGUUUAGUAGUUUGGUUCGACGGGGAAUUCGUAAGGUGCAAGUGUUGUCGUUAAGACGUAGUUUGCGUGACGUUGUGAAUGGAAUUCCUGAUCUGGAAUCGUUGAACCUGAGUGGGUGCUACAACCUGACAGACUUGGCGUUGUCACAUGCGUUCAGUGACGAUGCUCCCUCGCUGACACAUCUCGAUCUCUCGCUCUGCAAGCAGAUCACUGACACUAGUCUAGGACGGCUGGCGCAGCAUCUCAAGAACCUUCAGGUGCUGGAGCUAGGCGGGUGUGCGCAGAUCACCAACACAGGCCUACUGCUGAUCGCGUGGGGCCUGAAGCGGCUGAGGCGGCUGGACCUGCGCAGUUGUUGGCACAUCUCCGACCAGGGCAUCUGCCACGUGGCGGGCCUCAACCUCGAGUCGGCCGUCGGCAACCUCGAGCUCGAGUACCUCGGCCUACAGGACUGUCAGAGACUGAGCGAUGACGCUUUGAAGCACGUGGCCGGGGGUCGGAUGACGUCACUGAAGAGCAUCAACCUCAGCUUCUGCAUUAACAUCACCGACAACUGUCUCAAGCACCUCGCCAAGAUGACGUCACUCAAGGAACUCAAUCUCAGGUCGUGCGACAACAUCUCGGACACAGGCAUGGCGUACCUGGCCGAAGGUGGGUCGCUGCUCACCUCGCUCGACGUGUCGUUCUGCGACAAGAUCAGCGACCAGGGCCUGCAGCACAUGUCGCAGUCGCUCUUCAACCUGCGGUCGCUGUCGCUCUCCGCCUGCGACAUCAGCGACGACGGCCUCUGUCGCAUCGCCAAGACGCUGCACGACCUUGAGACGCUCGACAUCGGCCAAUGCACCCAAAUUUCCGAUCACGGCUUGCAGGCGGUAUCAGAGUCACUUCGCAACCUGCGCAGUAUCGAUCUGUACGGUUGUGUUCGCAUCUCGACGGCGGGUCUCGAGAAAAUCAUGAAACUACCAAAGCUAGCAACGCUCAACCUUGGUCUAUGGCAUGUCAGGUGACAUCUCUAGAGAUCGGGCCCCGCCGUCCGAUAAAAGGGGUACACGUCAGCGUCCCAGGGGUACGAAAAUACCCCAAAACAACCCAAGAAUACGAGGGGUUCGGAAAUACCCCUAAACAACCCCAAACCCUUUCAUAUCGUGAUGUGAGCUCUCGAAAUGGGUUAACCACCAGUCCUUCAAACCACCCCAACGGGUCCGAAAGUACCCCAAAAAACAUCCAUAAAUAGUGAUUGGUUGAGAACGAUAGAAAUCUCAAAAUGGGUUCCUCGCCAGUUCUUCAAAUUGCCCCAAGGGGUUCGAAAAUAACCCCUUUAAGUGAACCUUAGAACCCCCAUCACAGAACAAUAGUACCUUAUCUACACUCCUACCGACUCCUCCUCGCCACUAGAGGCAACUUCCCCACCCCCUCUCCACAUCCCCUGAUAACAAGACAAGUUGAUCGAUUUCAAGAAACUGGUUUCGUGAUUCAUCUUGGGCGCCUCAAACAAACCUGUUUGGCUCAUCGACGCCUCAUAAAACUUACUUUGAACAUUAGUAUUGUGAACGAUUCAACGUUCGAUGUUUGAGAUUAACGUUAUUUUAAGGUAAACGUGAUUUACCUUACGUAAAAAUAACCUUAUGAACGUAAAAUGAAGUACAUCACCAGAAUUUUUUUCAAAAAACUAGCAAACUUUGAAUAGAAAUCAAAAUGCUAGUCCAGUUGACCUGACGAAACAAUUUGAAAAUCAAUCUUCUUAACGAUAUGUGGAUGUACUCACCCUCCCCCAAUCAUCCUCAUCCACCACCUCCCCUUAGAAAACACAAGAAUGAUCUCGAAAACUAAACAACCAAUUUAGUGACCUGCUAACAGAUUGAUAAGUGAUAAGAAGAUUCACGAAAAAGACUCAAAAACAAUCGGUGCGUUUUUUUAUUUCUAAACGAAAAAAUACAUGAUCUGGUGCUUGUCAUUGAAGUGUUUAGUUUUUAUUGUUCGAUUUGUUUUUUGUUUAGAUUUUGUUUCUAUUGUAUUCGCAGAUAAACAUGGAGACAGGUUGUUGAAAAGUUCGUAUAUUUUUAGUUAAUUUUUUAGUUUUAUAGGUAAUGACUUGUCUAAAUGUGAAUAUUGUAUGAUGAUCUCAUGACUGAAACUUUUGACCUACAUCGAGAUGAUUGAAGAGAUUGACUCUCGUUAUUCAAGUAUUGUAUUUUGAAUAGUCAUACCAAAUCUUGUAGGCGUCUAACUCUUUUCUACUUUGUGAAAAUGUUUUCCCUACACUGUUCAACAAGUUGUUCUGCUGGACAGAAAAAGAUAACCAUUGUCUUUUAUGGGUGUGUUCACAGAUUUUCAUUAUGCCAAUGUGUGAACAGCUCCAUAAGAACAAAUUGGUUUUCUAUGAAGCACUGAAUCAAGUCUUUAGUCAAGUAGGCAUAUAUCAAUCCCAAUUAACGAUCCAUUUCUUUGUUUAUCUGUGACUUUGUUUUGUAUGAUAGACAAUUACUCGAACUCAAUUAAGUUACGCUCGAAACGAAAAAUAUUGAACAAAUUUUUGAACGAUGUUGGUUUUUUGUACAUUAGUUAUUUUUUAAUACUGCGGUCGUUUCUGUAUAAGUCUGUCGAUAUACAUUAGUCUAGGCUAUUAUUAUGUAUAUUACAAUGUAUUACCAAAUUUGACACCAUAAAGUUGAAUAAAGAUAAGCAUUAAAGAGUUAUUUUUAAAAUAUA